AUGGCACCUAGACUUCCUCCGCCACCUCAACCCAACGAACCGGAUACGUCCAACAGCGCUCGGUUGUUGGAGACGGUGAUCGAUAGGCUGCAACAACAGAAUACGACCCUUAUGGAGCAGAAUGCUACCCUGAUGCAGCAAAAUCAGGCAGCUAUGCAAAGUUUGGAAGCCUCUCGAUCCAACUCUGAGGCGACGCAGCGGCAGUUAAUGGAGAUAUUGGCUGCAACUAGGGGCGCGGCUGGAGCGUCCUCUUCUAACGCUGCUCCGCCUACUGCUGAGUGGAGUUUAGAGAGUUUUCUCCAACAUCGUCCGGCCAAGUUUAAUGGGAAGGGCCUUCCGGACGAAGCGGAUCAAUGGCUAAGAGACAUGGAAUGGAUUUAUGAUGCCAAAAGGUGCCCAGACGAUAGCCGUUUGGCAUUUACAGAAUAUUUGUUAACGGGGGAAGCUAGCCAUUGGUGGUCGAGUAUGAAGAUGUUAUUGGCCGAAGCCCAGAGUCCAAUUUCCUGGGAGGUUUUUCGGGCUAAAUUCUAUGAAGAGUAUUUCCCGGACAGUGUGCGGUUUGCUAAGGAGGUGGAGUUUCUUCAGUUGGUACAAGGUGGUAUGUCCGUUUCGGAGUACACCAACAAAUUCAAGCACCUGGUCCGUUUUAAUACCAUGGCUACGAGUGGAGAAUGGCAAUGCAGGAAGUUUGAAAACGGGUUGAGAAGUGACUUGAAGGUAUUAAUAUCAAGUCUGUGUAUUAGAUCCUUCCCAGCCAUGGUUGAGAGAGCAAAGGUACUGGAGAAGAACGUUGUUGAGGCCGAACAACAGAAGAAACAACAAGUGAGUAGGGGGCCGGUCUUAUCCAGAGGUGCAACGAACGUGAGAAGGUCCCCGUACGUUCGUCCAGCUCAAUCUCCUAGCGGAUCACAAGCCUUGGUCACUGUUGGCCAAUCUGGACAGCCAAGGAGUGUGGCAUGUUUCCAGUGUGGAGGACCGCACCUUAGGUGGGCUUGUCCUCAGCUGAAUGGGGGAAAGUACUGCACUAAAUGCAGAAGGAGUGGACACUCGGAUCAGGAGUGUAAUAUGGGAGGCCGUGCGGUAUCAAGACCGCCGAACGCUGGAAGAGUCCAACAAGGAAGAGGUGGACGUGCGCAAGCUACAGGGAGAGUUUAUGCAAUUACUAGUGCUGAAGCUGCUCGUUCAGGUACACUCAUCACCAGCACUUGCGUGUUAUAUGGAAAGCCUUGUUGUGUAUUGUAUGACUCGGGGGCAACUCAUUCCUUCAUCUCGAAGGCAUGCGUUGAGAAACUGGGGCUAGUGGAGAGUGAAUUACAGUUCGACUUGGUGGUGUCAACCCCAGCGGCUGGUGGGAUUAAGACGUCUACAGUUUGUGUGAGAUGUCCGAUAGAAGUUGAGGGGCGUAGAUAUAAGGUUAAUCUCAUUUGCUUACCCCUUCAAGACUUAGAGGUAAUUUUGGGGAUGGAUUGGUUGGCUACCAAUCGGAUCCUCAUUGAUGGUGGAAAGAAGGAGUUGGUCUUCCCAGGUGAAGAGGAGGAGGAGUUAUCUGUUGAUCGCGGUCAGUUGAAGGAGGACAUCAUGGAAGGAGCGAGCUGUUUCCUUAUCAUGACGUAUGAAAAUGAAGAAGUGAGGGACGCGAGAGUGGAGCGUUCGUUCAACAAAGAGCACAGUAGAGGACGAACGGUAGUAGAUGAAUUUCUGGACGUCUUUCCGAAUGAAGUCCCUGGUCUACCUCCCGUUCGCGAGGUUGAGUUCACGAUCGACCUGGUGACCACUGCCGCACCCAUCUCGGUCCAACCUUAUAGAAUGGCCCCAGCCGAGUUGGUAGAGCUUAAGAAGCAAAUUGAGGAGUUAUUAGACAAGAGGUUCAUCAGGUCGAGUGCUUCACCAUGGGGAGCACCUGUGUUGCUGGUCAAGAAGAAGGAUGGCAGCUCUCGGCUCUGCAUUGAUUAUAGGCAACUUAAUAAGCUGACUAUCAAGAACAAGUAUCCACUGCCAAGGAUAGACGACCUACUGGAUCAGUUGCAAGGUGCGUGCGUGUUUUCAAAGAUUGAUCUACGUUCGGGCUAUCAUCAGAUUAGAGUGAAGGAGGGAGAUAUUCAUAAGACAGCAUUUCGGUCUCGUUAUGGUCAUUAUGAAUACGUGGUGAUGCCCUUUGGAGUGACGAACGCACCUGCAAUCUUCAUGGAUUACAUGAACAGAAUUUUUAGACCGUACCUGGAUAAGUUUGUUGUAGUAUUCAUUGAUGACAUCCUCAUUUACUCCAAGAACUUUGACGAACAUGACGACCACUUGAGGAUCGUCUUAAGCGUGUUGAGGGAAAAAGAAUUGUAUGCCAAGCGUUCGAAGUGUGAAUUCUGGAUGAAGGAAAUCCAAUUUUUGGGGCACGUUGUUUCUGCUGGUGGCAUUUCGGUGGAUCCAGCCAAGGUGAAAGCAGUGCUGGAUUGGGAGAGCCCACGUUCGGUCACAGAAGUUAGGAGCUUCGUGGGGCUUGCGGCCUACUAUAGGCGGUUCAUUGAGGGAUUCUCUAAGAUAGUAGCCCCUCUGACGUAUCUCACCAGGAAAGACCAGCCGUUCGCAUGGACCGAUCGUUGUGAGGAGAGCUUCCAGGAAUUGAAGAAGAAACUAACGAGCGCCCCAGUAUUGGUCAUUCCAGACACGGCCAAACCUUUUGAGGUGUAUUGUGAUGCGUCGUAUCAAGGUUUGGGCUGCGUAUUGAUGCAGGAGAGGAAGGUGGUGGCUUACGCUUCUAGGCAGUUGAAGAUCCAUGAGAAGAAUUACCCCACCCACGACUUAGAAUUGGCAGCAGUCGUUUUUCAAGCAAGCAUAGGAAUGACACCGUUUGAAGCUCUCUACGGAAGAAAAUGUCGAACGCCGCUGUGUUGGUUUCAAGAAGGAGAGAAUGUAUUAACAGGACCAGAAUUAAUCCAGCAAACAACCGAGAAGGUGAAACUGAUUCAAGAACGAUUGAAGACGUCUCAAAGCAGGCAGAAAUCUUAUGCUGAUAAGAGAAGAAGACCCUUAGAGUUCGCUACUGGAGAUCACGUGUUUCUCAGGUUGAAUCCAAUCACUGGAGUGGGAAGAGUCCUUCGUCCAAAGAAGCUUUCACCCAAGUUCGUAGGGCCUUAUCAAAUUCUGAAGAAGAUUGGAUCAGUUGCGUAUGAACUAGCUUUACCACCUCAACUGUCCAACCUACAUCCAGUCUUUCACGUUUCUCAACUCCGGAAGUAUGUAGCUGAUCCAUCACACGUACUGGAGUUGGAAGACGUCCAACUUCGCCCAGACCGAACGCUGGAGAUGCAAUCAGUCUGCAUUGAAGACAGCCGCACCAGACUCUACAAAGGAAAGGACGUUCGUCUUGUGAAGGUGGUGUGGGACGCGAAGACUGGCGACUCAACAUGGGAGGUUGCAGAGGCCAUGAAGGAGCUAUACCCUCAAUUGUUCCCUGGUAAGUCCUAG